AUGACCCUCCCAAAAACAACGGUCUUCCUGGCCACUUUGGUUGCAUGUAUUACUCCAGUGUUGGCACAGACUCUGCCGUACAAUCCAAUUUUUCUCGUGCAAGGUCAGGAUUCAAGAAUAUACCAGUUUAACCCAAAUGAAAACCCUCAAUUUUCUGUAUAUGACACUACGAACACCUUGACGAGCGCCGAUGUCCCCGAAGCUUUGACGAGUCAGCUACCCUUCCUCGAAGACAAAGAUGACUCCUUUAUUCCUGUCGCGACUCGGAAUGGACUUACCGUCUUCUCGGGCGAAUGUGCUGAAGGAGAGCAAGAGCUAAAUUUGUGGGCAUAUGGCUUUGGUGAAAGUAACAGGACCUGGACCCGGAUGAGGACAACCUCGACCGAUGUCGAUCUGAGCGCGAAUUAUUUGGCUGCUGCUUUCGCAUAUCCCAGCAAUGCUCUACCAAACCAGGAUAGUCUCUACGUCUUUGGUGGCAUGUGUCCAAGUGGUGCGACAAACGCUUCCACACUUCAAUCGGACGCGAUGUACUCGAACACCAUGUUGACGAUAUCGCCAGAGCAGGGACAGGACUUUCAAGUUUCUCUGACUGGUACAAGAGCACCUCCUGUCGCUGAAGCAGGAUUGUCAAUCACGCCACUAGUCCCUGCUAUUUUCAGCGGAAACGUCGCUCAGCAGCAGAACUUUGUCCUCAUUGGCGGCCAUACACAAAGAGCGUUCAUCAACAUGUCGCAAGUUGCGCUCUUCUCCCUGCCUGAGCAGUCUUGGGCUUUUGUGGACAUAGCUCAACCCAAAGAUAAUGUCGUCGAGCCGAGGUCAGGUCAUACAGCUGUUGUCUCUGCUGAUGGUUCCAGAAUAGUUGUCUUAGGUGGCUGGGUAGGAGACACUACAAACCCAGCUAGUCCACAGCUAGUGGUACUCGAGGUUGGUCAGGGUUUUGGUGGGAAUGCAUCAUGGUCCUGGACAGUGCCCCAAGCAGAAGAUCAAUACCUAGGCUCUGCGAGUGGUGUGUAUGGUCACGGCGCUGUCAUGCUGGCAGGAGACGUUAUGAUGGUCACUGGUGGCUAUUCCAUCACGACUGGGCCAUCAAGAAGAGGGAAGCGAGACACCUUGAAGACAAUGUUUUACAAUCUGUCAUCAUCGACCUGGACGGAGAGCUAUACUAAUCCCUCAACCACCACCACAACUCAUCGCUCACAUUCUGGUCUGACCUCUUCGCAGAAGACAGGAAUUGGUGCUGGUCUGGGCGUUGGCCUGGUGGUUGCUGCCAUUCUUGUAAUUUUUUGGUUCUUUUAUGUUCGAAAGAGGCGCGAGCAACGCAGGUUUCGAGAGAAGGAGCUUCGAGCAAUGGCAUUGGGAACACAAGAGGGACCCUCUACCAUCGGGUAUUCCAGACGUAGCAGUCAGCAAGGCAUUUUCACAAGCUUCAGGUCUGCUAGUUGGGGUGCAAGACAAGAACAGCAAAUCGAGAGCAGUGGACAAUACAGUGGCGAUAGAUCUCUCGGCAAUGAUGGACAGGUCAGUAGUGUUGAAGAUUUUGCAGAGAAGGACAACAUGCACCACAUCGUUGCUCCAGCCGCCAGCCUGAGGAGUAAUCUACGAGCACGAGGUCCUGCCGGCUUUGGUAAUCACUUUUCUUCUACGGCUCCAGGAGUGUUUACCAUCGAAGAGGUCGAGGAGAGAAGUGAUCGAGGAUCCUUUGCACGACCGCGAAGUGCUGGGAGUCGACCACAUAGCGACCCAUUCAAAGACCCACCACUUACGACACAGGCAGCUCAACCCAGUAUAAACCAGCAUCCAGCCGAACAGAGAAGGCAAGAAGUUGAGAAGUGGGUCGAGGAUUGGCAGUCGGCUGCAGAGUCCAUGAGUAUGUCAAGAUCGCCAAGCAAAGCCACCAGCUAUAACCGAACAUAUUCCAACCUCUCUGCAUUGCAGUCCUCCAGCUCUAGCAGUGGAAAGGACACAUCCGACAGGACAAACAGCAAUCUGUCUGAUCGAAGCAACUAUUCAACCCUAUCCGCAGCUGCUCAAGUGAGUGCUGUUGUAUCAAGAUCUAUAUCACAGCGGAGUGGAAACCCAAGCUAUGCUCUUUUCUCAAGCGCUGCCGCUGCUAUGGGUAGGAUAGCUGGAAGACAAGAUCAUGCCAACAUGCGCAUUGAGAGAUCAGCCAGCAAACGUGCAGUGUCAACGGGUGACCUAGCACAAAUGGCAGUUCGCAAACGUAGCAACUCUGUGGAGCACCACAACCAUUCGAUACUGACCACACCACAAUCGAGAGAAGAUAUGAACGCGGCAGGAGAAUACUUCACACGUCCCGAGCCACCAAGCAAAGAUUACAAAAUACAUGAGCGGAAGCGGUCGAAUAGCUUGACUAGUCAGAGUAAGAAGGCCUUUGGCGCGCUGAGUCAGGGAGCCAGACGCAUUUUAUCGGGAACAGCAAACGUGAAUGUGGCUGACAAGGUGGAGAAUAUCGAAGAACGAGGUCGAGAGAAUAGUCCAACCAAGCAUAGUCACGCAAGAUCUGGUCCCGACAUUUUAGAUCCCCACCCCCGGCAGGUCUCGAGUUCGGGAACUGCAUUCUGGAAGCACAGGCAAGGAGCCAAAGAUUGGGAAGACUCCGCUACGUUGGGCGAGAGCUCAGGCACAGUUCGGCGAAGACCUCAACGGCCAAACAAGUUUGAGAUCAACGAAGACAUCCAGAAUGAGGAUAAUGCAAGCGAGUGGGAUAUUGAAACUGCAGUUCAACAACGGGUCGUGCAGGUCAUGUUCACUGUACCCAAGGAGAAACUGCGUGUUGUGAACGCAGACAACUUGAGCAUGCUCUCGAGAAGCAACACAGAUGCUUCGAGAACAUCUCUACAAAGUGAGGCUGUGCAAGAUGUCGAUAAGGCAAGAGAGAAAGAACUGUACAGGAUGAGCAGAGUCACUGAAGACAACGAGGCCAGCGAAGGUUCAGAUCAGGGUGAUACCACUUUGGUAGGAUCGAGCUUACAAGCGGACUCGGCACUUUCAACCACGAAAGGUAAAGAUCGAGUUAGCGCGCAGAAUGUCAGGCCGCGGAAGAGUGGUGAAACAAUUGGCAAGGCUACAUGA